AUGGACGGGCAGGGGAAGGAGGGCGGCAGCGGCGGCGGGGGAGCGGGGAGCGAGUGCGACGUGGUGGGCAGGGCCUUCGUGGAGUACUACUACCAGACGUUCGACGCCAACCGCGGCGCGCUAGCCACGCUCUACGGCGGCACCUCCGUCCUCUCCUUCGAGGGCCACCGCGUCGCCGGCGCCGCGGAGAUCGGCCUGAAGCUGGCGCAGCUGCCCUUCGAGCAAUGCCGGCACUCCAUCUGCACCAUCGACUGCCAGCCCACGCCCUCCUUCCCCGGCGGCAUCCUCGUGUUCGUCAGUGGCAACCUCCAGCUCGCCGGCGAGGAGCACCAGCUCAGGUUCAGCCAGAUGUUUCAGCUGGUCCCCAACGAGCAGGGAAGCUUCUUCGUGCAGAAUGACAUAUUCCGGCUCAACUACGGAUAG